UUGAUUGUUUGUAUGACCAUUGCAACAAAUCAUACAGUAACAUAGUGGUGACAGACAAAGUUUGGCAAGCUGUGGCAGAUGAGUUUAAACUCACAGGAGAGUCAAUCUAAUGAACGCCUGCUAUUCAUUGCCUGCUUUGUUCCUCGUCCAGGCCUCUUCUUUAUUCUCAGCACUGGCCUUAGCUCAAGCAGUACAGGCAACCACCUUGUCGAUAUGGGAUCUGGUUUACUUGGUAAAUGGUGGUAUCGGAUCAUUAUUGAUGGUAGGCUUUGCUUGCUACUUCGGACAGAUGAUAGAAGAUGAGUCUGACAACCUUCGGCGUGCCUUUUACGAUUACGUAUGGUACAAUCAGAGAAAGAGGUUCAAGAACAGUAUCAGAAUCAUGAUGACCGUGGCCACUCGUCCUCUACGACUGACAGCUGGCCACAUCUACCUGCUCAACCUGAGAACCUUUACAUCUAUCAUGGGCACCUUUUACUCUUACAUCAACUUCUUGUUGGCAAUAAAAGAAAAGGAGAAAUUUGGAUAAGUGCCAUUAGGGAAGUAAGAAAGACGAACAUUACUUCAAUGUGUUUAAAUAUAUUUUAAUAUUGAGCUUAUUAGCAUAGCAAUAGAACAUACAAUUUGUUAAACCACAUUAGAAAUAGAGUUCUGUACUUUACGUGUAUUGUACUUACGGUUUAUUGUAUACGGGCAAUUAAAAAACUAGAAUUGUACUGAAGGCUAAAUUUAAACUUUAAUUAGUUUUAAUAACUAUAGUCCAACCAACACCAGUCGUGUACGGUACCGACUUAAGGACAGCCGGGUUAGUAGAAGUGUGCGUCCGCAGCAGUGAAUCUGUUAAAAACGUUUAAUCUAUUUAUAGCGUAUAUUUGUACACGAAUGACAAAAUACACAUUUUCACACUGUAGUGGUUUAUAUUUAAUUUAUUUCAACUUAUACAUGGACCUUGAUCUUGUUUUGCUGGGUAACGGUAUACUGGGCAAUGAGUUACAUGGAAAUUUGAAACCUUUAAAAUUAAAAUUUUACUUACUAUACCACAAGAACCUCUUUUACAUAUAAUAUUCAUACCACUGAUAUGCAGGGGAUUCUUUAAAAACAAAUGUUAUAUGAAGACUCGGAAAAUGUUUAAUGUUUCUGGUGCAAAUUUGUAUAUUUUCACAGAAAGCCAAAUAGACGGAUUUUUAAGUUAACGUAAAUUUCUAAAACAAAUAAAGUUUUAAAAUCUCAAGGAACAUUAAUCAAAACACAUUAUUUCACAAUAAAAUGUAUACUUAUGUAAAGUUUAUAUGCUCCAAUAAUAUAUUCUGAUAUAAAAAUGUAAUUUAUAAUAGAAAACAAAACAAAAGACAUCUUAUACGAUCCGAGAAAUU